CCCUCGCUUCUAUUUCCCAUUUUCUUCCAUUAUUAUUAUUUUGCAAACCCCCCUCUUUUUUUUUUCUUCAUUUCAUUUUCAUUAAUCAAAAAGACAAGGAAGAAAAAUGGCAGAUCAAUUGACCGAUGAUCAGAUCUCUGAAUUCAAAGAAGCUUUCAGCCUAUUCGAUAAGGAUGGCGAUGGUUGUAUCACCACCAAGGAACUUGGAACAGUUAUGAGGUCUCUUGGACAGAACCCGACUGAGGCUGAACUUCAAGAUAUGAUCAACGAGGUGGAUGCUGAUGGCAACGGGACUAUUGAUUUUCCCGAGUUUCUUAACUUGAUGGCCCGCAAAAUGAAAGACACUGAUUCUGAGGAGGAACUUAAGGAGGCUUUCAGGGUAUUUGAUAAGGACCAAAAUGGUUUCAUUUCUGCAGCUGAGCUUCGCCAUGUUAUGACUAAUCUUGGUGAGAAGCUGACAGAUGAGGAAGUUGAUGAGAUGAUUCGUGAGGCUGAUGUGGAUGGUGAUGGCCAGAUCAACUAUGAGGAAUUCGUCAAAGUCAUGAUGGCUAAGUGAGGAUCCUUAAUCUGAAUAUUGUUGAACUUAAAAAGAGUAAAAAAGAAGGAUAUUCUAUGUUUUGAUGCAUUUGCGAUCUUUAGUGUUUGUUGGGUGCUUUUCGGUUUUCUCCUAUUUGCAUUUAUUUGUAGUGCCGAAAUAUUAACUACUGCUUUCCUCUGUAUUUUUGUUUAGUAGCUUGAGUAGUCUUGUUUUCUUCUUAUUGGCUAUAAACAUAGAACAAUUUGGAGUAUUUGUUUCCCUUUGAUCAAUUGAAGUGUCAGCCUUUUUUGCUA